UCCACAUCUCACAGCUCACAUCUUUCCUCUCUCGACUCAAGCUCUCUCCUCUUUAAUCCAGACGAAAAGAAUGGCUCCGGCAACUCGCGCUUCCCUGGACCAGAAGCUGGCCAUGGCCAAGCGCUGCUCCCACGAGGGAGUCGUCGCAGGAGCGAAGGCCGCCGUCGUUGCAGGUUUUGCAGCUGCUGUUCCCACUGUAAGCAUACUCUUCCUUGUAUACCGUGUGACCUCAGUCGUGUUCUCUUCUGGGCCAUCGGUUGAACCGAGCUUGCUUGCAUCAGUUGGCCAGCGUUCGGAUGCUGCCAUGGGCGAGGUACAACCUCAACCCCACAGCUCAAGCUCUCAUCGUCUCCACAGCUGCCGGAAUGGCAUACUUCAUUGUUGCAGACAAGACUGUGCUGGCAGCCGCCAGGAAGAACUCCUUCAAGGAUGCUUACCCAGGCAACAACAGUGCCUAAGAAGCGGUUUAGAUUGAUGCUCAAGUGUGCAGGAGGAUCCACAAAUACAUGUAAAUCCAUGCUUGGUGUGACAAUAAAUCUAAAUGUUACCUCGAUUGUUGUUGCGGCUGCUCA